AUGGCUCCACACUCCUCCCCAUCCUCCGCGCCAUCACCAUCUCUGAAGCGCAAGCAACCAAGCAUCUCGAGCUUCUUCACCCCAAAGCCAUCUUCAACACAACCACCCCCAUCCUCCGCUCCCGAUGCCACACAAGACAAGCGACCUCCGAAACGGCCAGCCUCGCCAGCUGAGAAGAAGACCAAUGGAAUCCAAAAGGAGAAGGCCAUACCUGAAGAGGAGGAAGAUGAGGAUGAUGUCGUUGCCCCGGCCCCGAAACGAGCCAAGACCAACGGCACCGUCGAUGAACACAGUCGAGAGACAAACCUGCCCGUGAACCCCCAACUUAGCAGCCGUCAGCGAGCAGAUCUCUUUAAGUUCCAGAGCUCUCCCGCCGGCACGCCAGCGGUCCCGGAAGAACACGAAGAGGAUGACCAACGAAAGAAAGAAAAAGAGAAACUGCACCAGAAGUUCGUCCGAAAACUCGGCGGAGUUGACUGCAUGAUCGGGAUCGGAAGCCGUAUGACAACCGACACCAUCCCCGGGGAUGGCGAGGAGGGCGCCGAGGCAGACGAAGACGACGAGCCCGCUCCUCCUCCGCCGCCUGCCAAGGGCAAAAGCGCGGCCAAGAAGGGCGCCGGCAAGCUUACGCCUCUCGAUAGGCAGGUUAUUGAUAUCAAGUGUAAACACGCAGAUACUGUGCUAGUGAUCCAAGUUGGGUACAAAUUUCGCUUUUUUGGAGAAGAUGCGCGCAUAGCGGCGAAGGAGCUGGGCAUUGUUUGUAUACCUGGGAAGAUGAGGUUCGAUGAACAUCCCUCCGAGGCUCAUAUGGACCGGUUUGCCUCUGCCAGUAUCCCCGUCCAUCGGCUGCACGUACAUGUGAAACGACUCAUUACCGCGGGUCACAAGGUCGGUGUGGUGCGCCAGAUUGAGACUGCGGCUCUCAAGGCGGCGGGGGAGAACCGCAAUGCGCCUUUUGUGCGUAAAUUGACCAAUCUGUACACGAAGGGCACCUAUGUGGACGAUGUGGAGGGCCUCGAGGGCCCCGCGCCAGCUGUUGGAGCUGCCUCACCAACAACGGGCUACAUGCUCUGCAUCACCGAGUCCAACGCCAAAGGUUGGGGCAAUGACGAACGGGUCCAUGUAGGGAUCGUUGCUGUUCAGCCGGCCACUGGGGAUGUGAUCUAUGAUGACUUCGAGGAUGGGUUCAUGCGAAGCGAAAUCGAAACGAGACUCCUUCACAUUGCACCGUGCGAGAUCUUGAUUGUUGGGGAGAUGUCUCGGGCGAGUGAGAAGCUUGUGCGGCAUCUGUCCGGUAGCAAGAUGAAUGUUUUUGGUGAAGCGGUGCGGCUGGAACGAGCCUCGAAGAAGAAAACUGCCGCUGCCGAAGCACACAGCCAUGUCUCGAGCUUUUAUGCUGGGAAAAUGAAAGCCACGAGCACCGACGAGGAUGUGCAGGCGGCGAAGCUGCUCCAGAAAGUUUUGGAUUUGCCCGAACAUGUCACCAUCUGCUUGUCAGCCAUGAUCGAGCAUUUGACAGAGUAUGGCCUGCAACAUGUCUUUGACCUGACGAAAUACUUCCAGUCAUUCUCAGCCCGUUCGCAUAUGCUUCUCAACGGAAACACAUUGGUCAGUCUUGAAAUCUUCCAGAACCAAACCGAUCAUUCUGCAAAAGGGAGUUUGUUCUGGACAUUGGAUCGGACGCAGACACGAUUCGGCCAGCGCCUGUUGCGGCGGUGGGUAGGACAGCCUUUGCUGGACAAGGCGCGGUUGCAAGCGCGGACCGACGCGGUGGAGGAGCUUACAAGUCCUGCUGUGUCCGGCCCCGUGGAGAGGUUGAAGGCGCUCUUGACAAAGGUCAAGAGUGACAUGGAGAAAAGCUUGAUCCGGAUUUAUUAUGGCAAGUGCACUCGGCCUGAACUUCUCAAUGUGCUUCAAACCCUGCAAAUGUUUGCAACGGAGUUUGCACAUAUCAAGUCCCCAUCUGACACAAAGUUCAAAUCUUCUCUGGUAGGCGAAGCAAUCGCCUCCCUGCCAAGCAUCGGGGAAGACGUCGUUCGAUUUUUGGAUAUGAUCAACCUGCAAGCCGCCCGGAAGGACGACAAAUACGGCUUCUUUCGAGACGACCAAGAGACCGAUGACAUGAGCGAACAGAGACUCGGCAUCGCGAGCGUCGAGCACGAACUAGAAGAGCACCGCACCGUCGCUGGUGAGCGGAUAGGGAAGAAGAAAGUGGAUUACGUCGCCAAAUCUGGGAUUGAGUACUUGAUUGAAGUCGAUAACAAAUCCAAUUUCAUCAAGCGCGUGCCAGCAUCGUGGGUUAAAGUCAGUGGGACGAAGCAAGUUUCUCGAUUCCACACCCCGGACGUGAUCAGGCUGCUGCGGCAGCGCGACCAACACAAGGAAGCGCUCGAAGCUGCAUGCGACAAAGCUUUCAGCGCGCUCCUGGCAGAGAUUGCCACGCAGUACCAGCCCUUCCGCGACUGCGUGCAAUCCCUCGCAACCCUAGACUGCCUCCUGUCUCUCGCAGUCAUCGCCCAGCAACCGGGCUACAUCAAACCCGAGUUCACAGAACACCCAUGUCUCAACAUCUCGCAGGGCCGCCACCCAAUGGUCGAGCGCCUGCUCACAGACACCUACGUGCCGAAUGACACACACCUCGACCACGACAGAACCCGCGCGCUCCUCGUAACAGGCCCAAACAUGGGCGGUAAAUCGAGCUACGUGCGCCAGGUCGCCCUGAUCGCGAUCAUGGGCCAGAUCGGCUCCUACGUGCCCGCCGCAUCCGCCCAGCUUGGCCUCCUAGACGCCGUCUUCACCCGCAUGGGCGCCUUUGACAACAUGCUCGCCGGCGAGUCCACCUUCAUGGUCGAGCUCUCCGAAACAGCAGAUAUCCUCAAACAAGCGACCCCGCGCUCGCUCGUGCUCCUCGACGAACUGGGCCGCGGCACGUCCACUCACGACGGCGUCGCCAUCGCCCAAGCUGUUCUGGAUUACAUGGUCCGCUCCCUCCGCUCUCUGACUCUCUUCAUCACGCACUACCAGCAUCUCUCCCGCAUGGCCCACUCGUACCCCGACCAUGCCCUCCGCAACGUACACAUGCGCUUCACCGAGUCUCCUGCCAAGGAGCCCGGCUCGGACGACGAAAUUACCUUUUUGUAUGAAGUUGCCGAAGGCGUUGCGCACCGGAGUUAUGGAUUGAAUGUGGCGCGUCUCGCGAAUUUGCCGGGCGCGGUAUUGGAUGUGGCUCGCGAGAAGAGUAAAGAGUUGGAGAUUUCUAUUCGCAGGAAACGGUUGGCUGCUCUUGUUGGUGCUGUUGGGGGUGUUCUCCAGGGCAAUGAUGAUGCUGGGGAGGGAUUGCUUGAUCGGCUUGUUGCUGGUGCUGAGCAGUUGUAG